UGCGCGCCGGGACCGGAGGGCGUGUUCGCUAGCGCUGAUUGGCUGGGGCGCGCCGGCGGGGAGGAGCCGACCGCGGGGCCGGGAGUGCGGCGGCGGCGGCGGCGGCAGCAUGGGUCCUCGCCCGCGGCUUCGCUGAGUCUCCCUGGCCUGGGCUGCCCGCGGCGCCCGCAGCGGCGGCGUCAUGAAGGGGGCCCUGGGGAGCCCGGUAGCCGCCGCGGGCGCCGCGAUGCAGGAGACGUUCGGCUGCGUCGUGGCCAACCGCUUCCAUCAGCUGCUGGACGACGAGUCGGACCCGUUCGACAUCCUGCGCGAGGCCGAGCACCGGCGCCAGCUGCAGCGCAAGCGACGCGACGAGGCGACGGCGGCCAGCGGGGCCGGGCACCGGGGCGGCAGGAGCCCGGCCGUGGCCUCAGGACACAGGCCCGGCGCGGCCGGCCGCAGGGAGUCGCAGAAGGAGCGCAAAAGCCUCGCGGCGUCUGGCGCACAACAGCCGGACAGUCCCGGGGGCCCGCAGCCUCCAGGCCAGAAACGGAUUCCAAGAAAAGGGGAGCAGCAAGGAUGGAAUGACAACCGGGGGACAGAUGUGGUGCUCGAGAGAGCAGAGCGAAGGUCCUACAGGGAAUAUCGGCCCUAUGACACUGAGAGACAGGCAGACACCACUACCACGGCGGAGAAGCUCACAGAGGAAAAACCAGUUGACAGGUUUGAUCGAGACAGACCACUGAGAGGACGUGGAGGCCCCAGAGGAGGCCUGAGGAGCAGAGGCAGAGGUGGCCCCGGGAAUAGAGCUUUUGACUACUUUGACCAAAGAGGGAAGCAAGAUUUUGAAAGAUACAGUAGCAACAAUAAAGUUGACACAGAGCCACCUGCACCCAUGGAAGAGACCUCGAUGAUGGAGGAGUGCCAGGGCGCCACAGAUGAGGAGUCUCCAGCCAAAGUCCCUGAGUUGGAGGUAGAAGAGGAAAAUCAAGUCCAAGAGAUGACCUUAGAUGAGUGGAAAAACCUUCAAGAACAAACCAGACCAAAGCCCGAGUUCAAUAUCCGGAAGCCAGAGUCCACAGUUCCUUCCAAGGCGGUGGUCAUUCACAAGUCCAGAUACAAAGACGAUAUGGUAAAGGAUGAAGCUCAUGUCUUCCGGAAAGCCGCCAAUGACAUCACAUCCCAGUUGGAGAUUAACUUUGGCAACCUCCCUCGCCCUGGACGGGGAACCAGAGGCAGUACUCGGGGGGGCCGAGGAAGGACCAGAAGAGCAGAGAACUAUGGCCCCCGACCAGAAGUUGUGACCCAAGAUGUCGCUCCCAACCCGGAUGACCCUGAAGACUUCCCUGCCCUGGCCUAACAGCCACUCCCCCGCAGCAGAGCAACACUAUGAAGAGACUUUUCCUUGCCGCGAGAAGAGUCAGACUCUAAGAACAAUAGAUGUUGCUUUUCCCGUGUCAUGUGAACUUGUUGCACUUUCUUGCUCUGUUGGAUGUAGAGUAGAGUGCAGGUUCCCGUGAGUUCACACACUUUCCCCAAAUGAAUGGAGACUUUAUAAGGAAUGAUGUUUAAAAUGUGUACAUAGAUUCUAAAAACUCCACCGAAUUAGGAAAUAGACCUGCUGGGCAUGGUGGCACAUGCCUUUAAAACUAGCACUUGGGAGGCAGAGGCAGGUGAUCUCUGUGAGUUCAAGGCCAGCCUGGUCUACAGAGUGAGUCAAAGUCCAUUUUUGUUUGAGGACACAUGGAGAACUGGAGCCCUUCACCUAAAGCAGCCUAGUCCUCA